AUUUUGUUUAGAGGAGACAGAAUGACCCAGUUUCGUUUAUCAGUCACAUGCCCCAUAAGGUAUAAAUAGAUUUUCUGAACUGAACCAGACCACUCCUUUCACCAUGGCCUCAGAUCAUAGAGAAGAAAAAUCUAUGUUAGAUCCCGACCUGGGAGAGCUACCCGAUCUGAGAAAUUCGAAAGGACACGGAUUCCAUUGUUUCAAACAUGAUGGGGUGUACCUCUUUGUGCCGCCUCCAUCCAUGUUGAAGGGAGGUCAUCCAUUAGACAGAAUCAAAAGUAUCAAGGAAGCCGAACUGAAAGACGAUGACGUCAUUAUCUUGGCGUAUCCCAAGUGUGGAACCCAUUGGCUGUGGGAAGUCCUCGAGAUGCUAAUCAGUGGGACCAUCCAGUACCAGAAGGAUGUGAAAGAGACCCGGAUGAUGGAAUUCCUCUUCAAAGAUGGGAUAGAAGCAGUGCCGCAUCCACGGGUCUUCAACACCCACCUUCCUCUGCGCAUGCUCCCUACACAGGUCGUGGAGAAGAAGGUCAAGUGUAUUCAGAUCAUGCGAAACCCUAAAGAUGCCUGUGUGUCCUUUUUCAACCACUGCAGAGAUAUGGAGAAACCGUAUGGCUAUGAAGGAGACUUCGCGGAGUUUACAGAGGCGUUUUUGUCAAGGAAAAUGCCGUUUGGAUCCUAUUCCAACUAUCUCCUAGCGUGGAAAGACGAAGAGGCAGCUUCACCAGAAUUACCUGUCCUUAAUUUGUUUUAUGAGGACAUGAAAAUUGACCCUGUCAAGGCUGUUAAAGACAUCGCCAAAUUUCUAAAGCUGACAUCCACCGACCAAUUUUGUGAAGAGGUUGCGGCUGCAUGUUCCUUUAAGAAGAUGAAGAAGGUUGACCAGGAAAUGAAAGGUGACCUUCCCUUGAAGAUAUGGAAAGAUGGCACCGAAGGGACGUUCUACAGGAAAGGUGAAAUCGGGGACUGGAAGAAUUGGUUCACUGUUGCUGAAAACGAGAAAUUUGAUCAAAUAUGGAACGAGAAGAUGAAGGAUUCUGGGUUCAAGUUUACCUAUACACCGAUGUGAGGUCAUACCAAAGACAUUGGUUUCAGGCCAACAGACAUAAUGGAAUAUAUGAUACCCAAGAGGCCGAGUGUGCAGUUAAAUAUUGGUUCAGUUUAAGUUACGUAUUGCUUGUAAUAUCCAGGUGUGAUUUAUGAAUAAGAAGAAUGUUAAUAACAAAAAUAAUACAAUAUUGGAAUUCUUACAAUUGAUGUUUCGCACAAGACAAGGUUAGACUGCUGACACAGAGGCUUGGGCGAUAGUUGUUGCAGGCAGAUCGAAGACCGUUGUCAUGCAUCUUUAGGUUAUUUGAAAGGAACUAGCCAUGUAGAAUGUCACUAUACUUUGAGGAUUUACGUGGUCAGUGACGAACAUAAUUAAAAAUCCUUCGACACUUCGACACUGACACCGCAUAUAACCUCGCGGUUGAACCGACGUAGAGUGUAUCACGCGAGUUUAUCUUUGGAUGGUACAUUUUCUCUGUAUUGUGGAAUAAACGUAUUUAGAAAGCA